AUGAUGAAGUCAUUUAAUCAAUUUUGGAAAACUAAUGUAAAGAAGUUUGGAGUAUAUGAUGUUGUAUCGCCAACAAAAACAACUCCGUCAAGGGAAGUUCCUAAACACAUAAUAAGACCCGGCUAUGUGUCACUAAAUGAAAGAACAAUACCCAAUGAGCCGGAAAUCAAAGAUGUUGUCCAAAUAAGCAGGAUGGAAAAAAGUUGUAAAUUAGCUGCUAGUAUAUUAGAGAAAUUGCAUGGGUUUAUUCAGCCAGGAAUAACGACAGACGACAUAGAUGAAUUAGCGCAUAAACUUUCAAUAGAAUCUAGAGCCUAUCCAUCGCCACUUCACUAUAGUGGAUUCCCAAAGAGUGUAUGCACAUCUGUGAACAAUGUUGUUGUUCAUGGAAUCCCUGAUUUGAGACCCCUUCAAGAUGGGGAUAUUGUUAAUGUGGACAUAACUGUAUUUCUCGAUGGAUUUCACGGCGAUUGUUCCAAGACUUUUUUAGUAGGCGACGUGGAUGAUAGAGGCGUAGAACUUGUGAAAGUGUCAGAAGAGUGUUUAAAUAUAGGCAUUCAAGCAUGUGGCCCUGGGGUUCCAUUUAGUCAUAUAGGAUACAAAAUACAGCAGCAUGCAAAACGCCGAAAUCUCACUGUGAUACCUUCAGUUCUGGGGCACGGGAUUGGUGAAUAUUUUCACGGAUUACCUGAUAUUUACCACACCACUAACACGUUUCCUGGGGUGAUGAACCCUGGAAUGACAUUCACGAUAGAGCCAGCAAUAAGCCAUGGCAGUCCAGACACAGUGAUGCAUGAAGAUGGUUGGACAUUACUGACAGAAGACGGAUCCAGAUCGGCUCAAAUGGAACACACGGUACUUAUCACAGAACACGGUGCCGAAAUCCUCACCCAAUCAAAUCUGGUGAAUUAG